CCAAGUUCCAGAUAAUUAAACUCAACCCAACCCAACCCAGCUCUAAACUACCAGUUCCAUUCUGACAACCCCCUCUCUCUCUCUCUCUCCCUCGACGAUGAGAACAACAAGACCCCGUUCACGCGUGCUCACACUACUCUACCUGUCUCUCUUGUUCUUGUCAUCGUCGGCUUUUCAAUCCGACGAGCUACUAGCCGAAGACGAGGAGUUCGGCCUGGGAGGCGGCCACCGAUCUCCUGAUCUCGACCUCGCCGCCUCAACCCGAUCCGUUCCUCCUCCGCAGCCGACCCGCCCGGCCCGCAGGGGGUCGUCGGAUUCCGAUUCGGAUUCGAAGAUCCAGUUCCCGCUCGAGCACGCCUUCGGGGACUCGGAGUUCUCCCCCGCCGGAACCUUCACCGCCCGGCUCAAGACAUGGUCUCAUGGAGGACAGACUCUCACGAAACUUCGGUUUUCAAGGGAGGCUUUUACUGAAACAGAGAAGGAAAAUUUCAAGAUGCUAUUAAAAGGUGAUGACUUCUACAAGAUAAGAGUGCCUUCAAAUGUAUUGAGCCCUCCUGGGAGGGAUUAUAUCAUUUCAUCGGUGAAAGCAAGAUGCCUUCCGCAGGAUCGUUUGGAUGAGCAUUUUGUUAUACAUAUGGAAGGUGUUAAUAUCUUAGCUGUUAAUUACGGUUCUCCUGGAGCAUGUCCAUAUCCUAGGCAAUUGAAACUUCCUGCAAAGUGGUCCUUCAACUCAUACACAGUCUUGAAGAACAGCGAGCAGGCACCAAGAACUCCAGCAUUUGCAGAAGAGAUCCCUGGUGGUGAGAAUGGAGAGGGUGAAGAUGUAUUGCCACCGGAAAGGUCCUUUUGGGCUAAAUAUUGGAUGUAUUUGAUCCCUCUGGGACUAGUUGUCAUGAAUGCUGUAACCCAAGCCAUGAACAUGCCUGAGGAACAGGCUCCUGGCCAACCGGGCGCUCAACCUCAGCAAACUACUGCAGCAGCACUCCCACGCGGACAAAGUGCCACUGUGAGAAGAAGAUGAUAAGUUCCUUGGCUUCUUUUUUUUUUUACUUCUUGCCCUCCACUUUUUGCUCUUAAAGUUGUUAGAAUACACAUCUCUGGUGGGUUUGGUUUGCACAAAUUGGAAUCUAUCGCUUCUCUCAAUGUGUAUGGGAAUAAUAAUCAUAUUGUAGUCUCUGCUUUUAGGAAUGUUUUGCUUAUUCUUCCGUACCAACUCAUGCUCUCAUUUUGGGGACUGCAAGUUGUGGUUCAUGUAAGGAUCCAAGAAGAGGAUCGGUGCAACUACA